CUCUUGAGAUUUCCCAAGAUCAAAUCAAAACCCUACGAAAGGUUAGGUAGGUAAAGGUCACAGUUUAGUUCUCAACGAAAAAUCUCGAUUCGAUCUGAUCAUCGUUUCCCAGCUCACCGAUCAUCUUCCUGGAAGCAGCAAGUACAGUUCAAGAUGGCUUCGAAAAGAAUCAACAAGGAGCUUAGGGACCUCCAAAGGGAUCCUCCAGUCUCAUGCAGUGCCGGUCCUGUGGGUGAUGAUAUGUUCCACUGGCAAGCGACUAUCAUGGGUCCAACUGAUAGCCCAUUCUCCGGAGGUGUGUUUCUUGUUUCCAUUCACUUCCCACCAGAUUACCCCUUCAAGCCACCAAAGGUUUCUUUCCGCACCAAGGUUUACCACCCGAAUAUCAACAGCAAUGGCAGCAUCUGUCUUGACAUUCUGAAAGAGCAGUGGAGCCCUGCGCUUACCAUAUCCAAGGUCCUUCUUUCGAUAUGCUCACUGCUGACAGAUCCAAACCCUGAUGAUCCUCUGGUUCCAGAAAUAGCUCACACCUACAAGACAGACCGAGUCAAGUACGAGAGCACUGCCCGAUCCUGGACCCAGAAGUAUGCAAUGGGAUGAUGAUGAUUGGCAAUAAUAAUCCGCACCAAUACAUUGCGCAUUGUCUAAGAAUGUGAGAAAUAAGAUUGAAAAAAAAAACAGAGUGUGGCGUUUACUUGGUUGCUUUAUUAGUUUUAUCAUCAUCUUAAGACGUGUGUUGGUUUGUGUACAUGAGCUUUUAUAUUGAGACAUUUUGAGAGCU